AUGUCGCGUGCUCUCUUAAUCAACGAUGUUGCACCCGACUUUGAGGCAGAAACUCAGCUUGGGCCGAUAAAGUUCAGCGAAUACGCCAAAGAUAGCUGGGUGAUCCUCUUCUCACACCCGCGCGACUUUACACCGGUGUGCACGACGGAGCUGGCGCGCGCUGCGCAGCUCCAGGAAGAGUUUGCGCGUCGCGGUGUGAAAAUGCUAGCGCUUAGCUGUGAUGAUGUCGAGUCUCACAACUCCUGGGUGCAAGAUGUUGGUGCAUAUGGGAAAACUGAGGUUAAGUACCCGAUCAUUGCAGACCCAGAGCGCAAAAUCGCCAAACUCUACAACAUGUUACCGGCAGCGGAUCCGGGUCGCGACAACAUGCCGUUUACCGUUCGUUCGGUGUUCAUCAUUGACAGUUCGAGGCGCAUACGGGCUAUGGUGACGUAUCCAGCGCCGAUCGGCCGCAACUUUGAUGAGCUUUUGCGCGUCGUGGACGCACUGCAGACCAGCGAUCGUUUGCACUGUGCGACGCCCGUGGACUGGAAGCCCGGGUCUAGGGUUAUAGUUCCAUCAAACGUUCCCGAUGCGCUGGUGCAGAAGCACUUUGCCGAUGGACUUGAAGUUGUAGAUCUGCCAUCGAAAAAGUCGUACCUGCGGUACGGCUCUACGAGUCCAUCGUAA